AUGCAAAUAGUGAACUGUGUGACAAUGUGCAAUCUUUUGGCUGGACUGAGAAUGUGGGCGGUCUUCUUGUGCUAUUUAUUAGCCGAAGUUAAGACAUAUCCCAUGCAAGGAUGGCCUGUAUAUGGACCAGAACCCAGAGAUUAUAAUGAAGAUGACUAUUAUUAUUCGCCUAAAGUCCAAUACUACUAUGACGCUCCAGCUGUCAACCCCCCUGAAGUGUACGGUCAAGUUCCUUAUUCAUACAUGUACGAUCCAUACGGGCAUUUUGCAAAGGAUCUUCCGAAGAUAGACGAUGAACGCUUUUCAGCCCUACCAAUAGGACAAGAAACGUGGUACGAAAGUGAUUCUAACUCCCGCUGGCGCUCGAAUAACGAAAUUGAUGACGUCAAUGCAGCUUUCCUAGACAACCUUAUACUUACGCAAAUGGCCCGAGACGCCCAAAGGCGGCGUGAAAACGCCCGUGCUGCCUUUUCUAACGUCGAUUACGAAGAAAAAGGCACUGAAGAUGAAGAUGUUAGAGAAUUAAAAGCACUGGCAGGAAAACCCAUGUACCAUGUACCUAAAACAGUCCCAAGGUUUGAUGAUGAUGAAGACGAUGAUUACGAAGGUGACGACUCUGAAAGCUUUAUAAACUGGAAUGGCAACAAAAGGAGCGUAACCACAGAGGCACCCCAAACGACGACAUUUACACCUGUGGCUCAAAAGGCGGGUCAAAAAGAAGUCGUGAUGCCUCGCCCUGCACAGAAAACUCAUCAUUUCAAUAUUCAGUCUAAAUUCGACCAAAAUAAGCGAUCCAUUCCAUUGUACAACGCAUUUCCUCGACUUGAAGAUAUAAAUAAUGACUCAACGAAAACAAGAAGAAUUGGCAAGCGCUUUGUAGCUAGUGAUUCGGACCUCGUUGUCGAAUUAAGGGGCCUAAAACAUCGUAUCGCAACUUAA